UCUGGGUCUACCGCACGCCGGAGGCUGCGCUCGCCCGUCUGACUUCUACCUGCUGACGCACGUAGUCAGUCGCUAGCCCUCUGACCGGCGGGCGCCCAGUUCUUCGCCGGACGGCGCACGCUUCCAGCACGUCGCUCCCAGCAGCACGGCGGCGCCAAAACCCACAAGGGUUAAGGCCGAAUCAGGUGGACCUUGCAGCCGUGACGUGGCAACGCUUACUCAUUUCGUGGUGGCGCCUGCGAGCUAUCAGCGGUUCCCGCUUCCGUCUGGCGGUGCGUCGGAGGUAUAGCUCCGUCUGCGCAGUCAGCCCAUUCGCCAGCAGUCGCUGGCCUCGUGGACGGCGAGUAUAAGUAUCCAAUAGCAUCGUGCUCAAUUUUGAUAUCUGAGUGCCGUGCCUGCUACUCUUAUUUCUAUCCUUGGAGGUUCUUCUUCAUGGUGGUAUUCAUGGUACACAAUGAGUGACUGAGUGAUCUGUCCAUUUUCCAAUUUCUGUCAUCUCCAAGAAUUUCAACAUAAUGCCUUUAUCAUGAGGACUCGUAAAAUUCUACCAGUGCCCAAAUCAAAAUUUCCUGUGGGUCAACGUUACCUCUCGAGAUAGCCAAACAGGUACUAGCUAUUUCACACAUACUACAUCCAAAUAACUGAGGAAUGAUGAAAGGAUUCUGGAAGAAGGCGUUUUCAGCUGAACAUUUCAAAAUAGAUCAUCAGACAGCCAACAUAUUUGUAAAAUCUCAGUGGCAACUGCAAGAUGGCAUUUCAGUUCCAUAUUUAAUAUAUCGAGCAGUGGUCGCCAUAUUCUUCCUGGCUGUGUUUAUUGUCUCACUGGUAGGCAUUAGCAUGAUGCAGACAACAUCAGUACCUGGCUGGAAAUGGCUAAUAUACCUCACAAACUGGGGAAUUACAAUGUGCACUAUUCAAGCCAUCGUUGCUCUAGUUAUUGUAUCCAUUGCAAAGUUGAAGGAGAAGCAUCAGGUAUCAGCAGAGGCAGGCACUGACACCAUGCCACUGCACUACAAAAUUUACUGGGCUAUUCACACAAUAGCUACAACGGCUGCUGUAUGUAUCACUAUUUCUUAUUGGUCUGUAGUGUACAAGCCUGGGCAGCAUCCAUUAGAUGCAGUGAACAUCCUCACACAUGCCAUGAAUGGCAUAAUGAUGACCAUUGACCUGCUUAUCAUUGCACACCCUUUAAGAAUUGGCCACAUGUAUUUACCACUGUUCUUUGCAUUUGUUUAUGUGAUAUUUAGUGGGAUCUAUUACCUUGCUGGUGGCACAGACAGAUUUGGACGCACUUAUAUAUACGACAUUCUAAACUGGGAGAAGACAGGGUAUGCCUUUCUGGCAUGUCUAUUGGGCCUCAUAUUUAUAGCUGUAAUGCAUUCAGCAUUGGCAGGAAUAAAUGCAGCAUGCAGAUAUCUUGUAAAGUUUCGAUGGACAGCAAAGCAUAGUGACAAGUGUUUGCCCUAUUAGAUGAACAGCAGAGGUUAAGAAUUAAUUCAUUUAUAUGUUAAAUAUGUGUGAAAAAGACUGAUUUUGUUUCUAGAAUAAGUAGCUUUCUGAUAACAUAUCUUUGAACUUGUAUGUGUAAAAAAGCAUGUGGAGGAAGAGCACAGGUUGGAGCUAUCUCUCAAAAGGUUGCUUGCUUGUUUCAUUAUGUGUAUAGUCUCACCAGUGCAUCAUUCCAAAGUAAUUCCUCAUCUUCUGCAUUAUGUACAUUCUCCCAUCAUAUUUUAUUUAUAGAAACAAAGUGAUAUAGAUAAACAUUUUGUUUACUGCCUGUCACCAAUUCCUUAAGAGUCUUUUGUGAAAAAGGAAAAUAAACUGUCAAUAAAAUAUGUAAAUACAUAAAACUAUAUUUUUAUAAUUUGUAAUUUAAGCAACUAGAAAGUUUCUAUUUCUUAUUGGUCUACUCUAACUCCCAUCAACUUAUGAUUUUCUAACAUUCAUACAAAGCAGGUUCCAUAAAUAUCUUGUAGUUAUCUGUUUAUUCACUGAUUCACAGAAAUGUUGAGAAAAAUAGAAAGGGAAAGAAAUAAACUUGAAUGGUACAAAAAUGAGGAAAUAGCUGAGAAGGGGACACACAUUUAGUUGUCAUCUGUUGCCGGCCGCUGUGGCGAGCGGUUCUAGGUGCUUCAGUCUGCAACCGCUGUGGUCACAGGUUCAAAUUCUGCCUCAGGCAUGGUUGUGUGUGAUGUCCUUAAGUUAGUUAAGUUUAAGUAGUUCUAAGUUCUAGGGGACUGAUGAUCUCAGAUGCUAAGCCCCAUAGUGCUCAGAGCCAUUUGAACCAUUUUUUGGUCAUCUGUUCUGUUAUUUCUUGUUCAUUUUUUCCCCUGAUUUUUCUUCCACCACAUUCUCUUCCCUUCUUUCUUUCUUCCAUCUUCUCCUUCUGACUUUUCAUUAUUAUCAUACAUUCAUAUUUUUCAUCAUAAUGCUGUUCUUUUAACAGUUUUUCUCUUAUGGUCUUUCUUUGCUCUUCACUAUCCCAUAAUAUAAAUCCACAUGUUUCUUGCAUUUAUUUUGUUCUGUAUCAUUUCUGUUCCUCUCUUUUCCCCUUCAUAUCUGUUCCUGUUUUUCUCUUACUCCUUCAUAUCUCUUCUUUUUUUCUGCUUGAUUAUUAUUCCUAUGCUAGCUUGCUUUCUUGUUGCUACUAAUGUUUGGAAUGCCACAGGCCCUUAAAAUCAACAGAACAUAAUGUUCCAACAGUUAAACUGUGAGACUACAAUCCAUUUUAGUCAUGCAUACAACACGAGAAGCAAGUGAAUUUCAUGCUUUCACACACAAGUUGAAAUUAUAGGCAUACUCUCUGGAGCAGAUGAGGAUUAUAUAUAUGAUAAAUUGGUAUAUGAUAAAUUAGUAGGCAAAAAUAUAGUUAAUAUCAAAGCAGAUCCUCUAAAAAUAAGGCUCCUGCUGUUUUGUAGGAAAAUAAUUCAUGGGGAAUGAAUUGAUAAUUUGAGCAAAGUUACAUUUAGUAUUAAUUUUUUUCAGUACCAAAAAUGUGUUAUUAUUAGGAUAAUGUAUUAGCAUAGGUUAUUCUGCACUUGUUGUGAAGUUCUAUUUCAAAUUUUGGCAUGUAUCCUGUAUCUGAAACAAGUGGUUUAUGCCUGAUGUUCAAAUGAUGUCAGUACAAUAGCUAUGGUGGCACUUGAACUAACUACUGUUAACACAGAUGUGCAUUUGACCAGUCAGUUGUAAGCAGAUGAUGUUGAAUAAUGGACAUGAGGCCCAAGUGUGUCAAUAUAGUGCCAGAAAUCACAAUGGAGCAAUGAAUUGAACAUCUCUAAAUCAAGUGAUUAAGACAUUCUUCAAGAGAAGAGUAUGUGCAAAGUUUGUCCUGUACACUUUGACUCCUGGACAAAAACAAUGAUGUGUAGAUGCUGCCGCAACUUAACUGAAAAGGAAAAUGCAGACAAUAUGUUUCUGGAUAAAUCAUCACAGUUACAAGACUUGGUGUUAUCAAUAGGAGCCUACCUCAUAUUGACAAAUCACACAAUAGG